CUCAUAAUUCACCUCUUCUACCCAAAACCCUAAUUGACCCUCCAUCGCUAAACCCACGACACAUCAAACCCUAGAGAGAGGAGAGCCUCCCAUGGAUCCCCAGACUCCGACCUCCCAGACCAUGGAAUCUCUCUCGAUUUCGUCUCCCGAUCAAGUCUCCGCCUCCAAUUCGUCAAAUUCCACAUCCGAGUUGAUGAAUGUUGAAGAGAAGUUCAGGAUCGUGAGGAGUGUUGGGGAAGAGUGUAUUCAAGAGGAUGAGUUGCUAAACCUUCUCACCAAGAAGCCCGAACCUGUUUGCUACGAUGGGUUUGAACCCUCCGGUCGAAUGCACAUUGCCCAGGGCGUUAUGAAGAUCAUUAGUGUCAACAAACUGACUUCUGCUGGUUGCAAAGUAAAAAUUUGGAUUGCAGAUUGGUUUGCACAGUUGAACAACAAAAUGGGGGGAGAUUUAAAAAAAAUUCAAACUGUUGGACAGUACAUGAUUGAGAUUUGGAAAGCUGUGGGGUUAAAUCUCCAAGGAGAUAAAGUGGAAUUUUUAUGGUCUUCGGAAGAAAUUAACUCCCGGGCACAUGAGUACUGGCCUCUUGUAAUGGACAUUGCAAGAAAGAACAAGCUUCCUAGGAUAAUGAGGUGUGUCCAGAUUAUGGGCCGCAGUGAGCAGGAUGAGUUAACGGCAGCCCAAAUUCUCUACCCAUGCAUGCAAUGUGCUGAUAUAUUUUUCCUUAAGGCUGAUAUCUGUCAACUGGGCAUGGAUCAGCGGAAAGUGAAUGUCCUUGCGAGAGAGUAUUGUGAUGACAUCAAGAGGAAAAACAAGCCUAUCAUAUUGUCUCACCACAUGCUUCCUGGCCUGCAGCAAGGGCAAGAGAAGAUGUCAAAAAGUGAUCCAUCGUCUUCCAUCUUUAUGGAGGAUGAAGAGGCUGAAGUAAAUUUGAAGAUAAAGAAGGCAUAUUGCCCUCCAAUGGUAGUUGAAGGGAACCCAUGCCUGGAAUACCUUAAAUACAUUAUCUUCCCAUGGUUUCAUGAAUUCAAAGUUGAACGUGGUCCUGACAAUGGUGGUGAAAAGACCUUCAACAAUAUUGAAGAACUAGUUGCAGACUAUGAAAGUGGGCAAUUGCAUCCUGGUGAUUUGAAACCUGCUCUAUCAAAAGCAUUAAAUAAGAUAUUGCAGCCUGUACGUGAUCAUUUCAAGAAUGAUCCUGCUGCCAAGGAGCUAUUGAAAAGGGUUAAGGGUUACAAAGUCACGAGGUGAUGUGGCCAUGAAUACUGAACACCUUUUUCUGUUGGAGGCUGUCUUGGGUCUAAAUUGAAUUUUGUUUUUCUUGCUUGAAGCAGCACCUUUUUAUUUUUAUUUUUAUAUUUAUCCUUUGGUCCCUACUUGGCACAAGACGUUGACUCAUUUUCUGUACACUUUAAUUUAAUAGCUCAUAAAUGGAGUACUUUUUAGUUCGUUUAGAUUUGAUUACAUCUUGUAUUAUGGAACUCGACAACUUGAUUAUGGAACUUGGCAACGAUGCGACCAAGAUUACUUAGUAAAUCCCUUUCCAAA